UCACGGUCGCGACCACGACCCACGCGCGCCACCGCCGUCAUAAAUUUGCGGCAGGUCGCCUCGCUUCGCCUCCACACCGUAUCGAAAAGAAAUAGGGUUUCUUGCCGGUCGCCGUCCCUCCUUCUGCCGAUCGAGGUCCACCCGGUCAACCCCAGAUCCUCCCCAGUAAGUCUGUUUGUUCCACAAUUGGUACGCGGAGGGAUGUCCGUGUUUGCGGUGAAGGGGUCGCUGCGAGGACCUUGCUUCUCGGCGGCCGGCCUCUCCUCCGGCCAGAACCCUCGAAGCAGCAGCUUCUUCGAUCACCCUGCGCCGCGGAGCAGUGCUGCCCCAUUCCCGUCCAUGGUCUGGAGCACGGGCAGCGACCCAAGGCAUGGGAAGCUCAAGGUCCAGGCAACUGAGUGGAUGCGGCCAAAUGAUGAUUAUCGAUAUGAUGUUCAACCAUCACAGAGGCACACAGAUUUUAUUUGCCAACCUGGUCCAGCCAUGCAUAUCGACCUUCUCAACAGGGAGCGGCUUCGUUAUCCAAUGAGAAAGGAGCGAGUGGUUGCAGACCAGGUUAAGAAGCGUUCGAAGGCUCUUCAGAAGCGUGCCAGAGAUUUUGCAGAUGGGCUGUUAGAGUACAUUUGCUCAGAGAAUGAGAACUACAAAUACGUCUUAAUUGCCACUAAAGAGAAUGCCAAUAUGCUUAUGAAGGAGGGUUUUAUAUCUAAUUAUGCCCGAGAUGAAAUAUUACAUGGUCUUGAAAGGAUUAAAAAGGACAUUGAAGAAGGAAGAUUUCAGUGGAGGAAUAAUAAAGAUCUAAGGACUAAUAUUAUGGACACACUUAUUGAUAUAGUUGGAGGGCCAGCCAAGAGGCUGGAUACAGCGAUAAGUCAUCAUGUUCAACUGCUAACAGUCCUCCAAUUGUGGUGUCAUGAUUCCAUUGAUGAAGUUAUUUCUCAAAUAAAAGAACUCCAGACUGAGCUUUUUGUGCUAGCAAUCAGAAAUGGGGGAUUGGUCCUCCCUAGCAUAUGGAGGCGUGCAAACUGGAUUCUACUUGGUGAUGUGGUAUUGUCGCAACUUGAACAGCUUGACAUGGAUGUCUCUCAGCUUGUUAGUUGUAAAAACAAGAUGGACUCUACACUACAAACAGCUCUCCCUUCAGACAGCACCUAUUGUUCUAUGAACAGUUUAUGUAAGGAUCCACGUCGCAUACACAAGUUUGCUGUGGAAUUUGGAAAUUUGAUUGUCGGGGACAUCUCCCGCGAUCUUUCAAAUAUUGGAUUGGAGCUGAGUUCAUGGAUGGAGUUGCACUUGUUGACACCAAAUGAUAAAGUGAUUGAAAGUUUUUCGCUUAUGCGAAAGCAAAUGCUGGAUAUAGAUAAUUUAACAACCACAUGGAGAGCUUAUUCUAUCUACAAUCCUGUUGAGGAUAGCAGCAGGCGAUUUUUGGCAAUCUUUAGAAGUGUUUCAGAAAUACUUAAAGCAGCCAAAGAAUUUGCAAAACAAUCAUCUUUUGAUCAUGAAAAGGCUCGAACCUUUCUUGCGCCAAGAGAUAAUUUUGGUGCUUCACAACUAGCUGAAUUCCAUGCAACUAAGCAGAGUCUAGACGGUCAGAAUAAAGAUGAAGGAGAUAGUGCUAUCGAGAAGCAAAAUUUCAGAUUACAUAGUGAUGAUACAAUGAGGAAAUUGCUCGAUUGGCCUCGACGCCUUCAGUCAGAGAAAAAUAACUAAUGUUUUAUAUCGUUACUUGAAACAAACAGUCGACACAAUUAUUUAUUUUCUUUAGGUAUUUGAAAGAGCCAUCCUUGUGACGCUGUAUUAUGUGAAUGCGUUCAGCAAGAAUUGGUUUAUUCUGUGAGGAAAGUUUUCAGUUUUUCUAAUA